AUGUCUCAGUUCCUCUACUUCUUUGUAUCAUAUGAUAUGAGUCAGUUCCUCUACUUCCUUGUAUCAUAUGAUAUGAGUCAGUUCCUCUACUUCCUUGUAUCAUAUGAUAUGAGUCAGUUCCUCUACUUCUUUGUAUCAUAUGAUAUGAGUCAGUUCCUCUACUUCCUUGUAUCAUAUGAUAUGAGUCAGUUCCUCUACUUCCUUGAAUCAUAUGAUAUGUCUCAGUUCCUCUACUUCCUUGAAUCAUAUGAUAUGAGUCAGUUCCUCCACUUCCUUGUAUCAUAUGAUAUGAGUCAGUUCCUCUACUUCCUUGUAUCAUAUGAUAUGAGACAGUUCCCCUACCUCCUUGUAUCAUAUGAUAUGUCUCAGUUCCUCUACUUCCUUGUAUCAUAUGAUAUGAGUCAGUUCCUCCACUUCCUUGUAUCAUAUGAUAUGUUUCAGUUCCUCUACUUCCUUGUAUCAUAUGAUAUGUCUCCGUUCCCCUACCUCCUUGUAUCAUAUGAUAUGUCUCCGUUCCCCUACCUCCUUGUAUCAUAUGAUAUGAGACAGUUCCCCUACCUCCUUGUAUCAUAUGAUAUGUCUCCGUUCCCCCACCUCCUUGUAUCAUAUGAUAUGAGACAGUUCCCCUACUUCCUUGUAUCAUAUGAUAUGAGUCAGUUCCCCUACUUCCUUGUAUCAUAUGAUAUGAGUCAGUUCCUCUACUUCCUUGUAUCAUAUGAUAUGAGUCAGUUCUUCUACUUCCUUGCAUCAUAUGAUAUGAGUCAGUUCCUCUACUCAUUUGUAUCAUAUGAUAUGAGUCAGUUUCUCUACUUCCUUAUAUCAUAUGAUAUGAGUCAAUUCCUCUACUUCCUUGUGCCAUAUGAUAUGUCUCAGUUCCCCUACUUCCUUGUAUCAUAUGAUAUGAGUCAGUUCCUCCACUUCCUUGUAUCAUAUGAUAUGUUUCAGUUCCUCUACUUCCUUGUAUCAUAUGAUAUGUCUCCGUUCCCCUACCUCCUUGUAUCAUAUGAUAUGUCUCCGUUCCCCUACCUCCUUGUAUCAUAUGAUAUGAGACAGUUCCCCUACCUCCUUGUAUCAUAUGAUAUGUCUCCGUUCCCCCACCUCCUUGUAUCAUAUGAUAUGAGACAGUUCCCCUACUUCCUUGUAUCAUAUGAUAUGAGUCAGUUCCCCUACUUCCUUGUAUCAUAUGAUAUGUGUCAGUUCCUCUACUUCCUUGUAUCAUAUGAAAUGAGUCAGUUCUUCUACUUCCUUGCAUCAUAUGAUAUGAGUCAGUUCCUCUACUCCCUUGUAUCAUAUGAUAUGAGUCAGUUCCUCUACUUCCUUGUACCAUAUGAUAUGUCUCAGUUCCCCUACUUCCUUGUAUCAUAUGAUAUGAGUCAGUUCUUCUACUUCCUUGCAUCAUAUGAUAUGAGUCAGUUCCUCUACUCCCUUGUAUCAUAUGAUAUGAGUCAGUUCCUCUACUUCCUUGUACCAUAUGAUAUGAGUCAGUUCCUCUACUUCCUUGUAUCAUAUGAUAUGUCUCAGUUCCUCUACUUCUUUGGAUCAUAUGAUAUGCCAUACUACUUCCACCACCACUCAACCACAUGUAAUUGUCUCGUAUGA